UCUUCUUUCCGUUAUCUAAAGGCCUUGGAUGGCAUACCGUAAAUGCAGCAUAUGGAGAUACCAUUAUCAUGCCUUGCCAACUUGAUGUACCUCAGAAUCUCAUGUUUGGAAAGUGGAAAUAUGAAAAACCCAAUGGCUCCCCAGUAUUUAUUGCCUUCAGGUCCUCUACAAAGAAAAGUGUGCAGUAUGACGACGUGCCAGAAUACAAAGACAGAUUGAGCCUCUCAGAAAACUACACUUUGUCUAUCAGUAAUGCAAGGAUCAGUGAUCAGAAGAGAUUUGUGUGCAUGCUAGUAACUGAAGACAACGUGUUUGAGGCACCUACAGUAGUCAAGGUGUUCAAGCAACCGUCUAAACCUGAAAUUGUAAGCAAAGCACCAUUUCUCGAAACAGAGCAGCUAAAAAAGUUGGGUGACUGCAUUUCAAAAGACAGUUAUCCAGUUGGCAACAUCACAUGGUACAGGAAUGGAAAAGUGAUGCAACCCGUUGAAGGAGAAGUAAUCAUAAUUUUUAGAAAGCAAAUGGACCCAGUUACUCAGCUGUAUACCAUGACUUCAUCCCUGGAGUAUAAGACAACCAAGGCUGAUAUUCAAAUGCCAUUUACCUGCUCUGUGACAUAUUAUGGACCAUCUGGCCAGAAAACAGUGCAUUCUGAACAAGCAGUCUUUGAUAUUUACUAUCCUACAGAGCAGGUGACAAUACAAGUGCUGUCGCCAAAAAACGCCAUCAAAGAAGGGGACAACAUCACUCUUAAAUGCUUAGGAAAUGGCAACCCUCCUCCUGAGGAGUUUUUGUUUUACUUACCAGGACAGCCUGAAGGAAUAAGAAGCUCAAAUACUUACACGCUGACAGACCUGAGGCGCAAUGCAACAGGAGACUACAAAUGCUCCCUGAUAGACAAAAAAAGCAUGAUUGCUUCAACAGCCAUCACAGUUCACUAUUUGGAUUUGUCCUUAAACCCAAGUGGGGAAGUAACCAAGCAGAUUGGUGAUGCCCUGCCUGUGUCAUGCACAAUAUCUGCUAGUAGGAAUGCGACUGUGGUAUGGAAGAAAGAUAACAUCAAGCUUCAAUCUAGCCCAUCAUUCUCUAGUCUUCAUUAUCAGGAUGCUGGAAACUAUGUCUGUGAAACUGUUCUACAAGAGGUUGAAGGACUAAACAAAAGAGAGUCACUGACUCUCAUUGUAGAAGGAAAACCUCAAAUCAAAAUGACAAAGAAAACUGAUCCCAGUGGACUGUCUAAAACAAUAAUCUGUCAUGUGGAAGGUUUUCCUAAGCCAGCUAUACAGUGGACAAUCACCGGCAGCGGAAGCGUCAUAAAUCGAACAGAGGAAUCUCCUUAUAUCAAUGGCAGGUAUUAUAGUAAAAUUAUCAUUUCCCCUGAAGAGAAUGUUACAUUAACUUGCACAGCAGAAAACCAGCUGGAGAGAACAGUAAACUCCUUGAAUGUCUCUGCUAUAAGUAUUCCAGAACACGAUGAGGCAGACGAGAUAAGUGAUGAAAACAGGGAAAAGGUGAAUGACCAGGCAAAACUAAUUGUGGGAAUCGUCGUUGGUCUCCUCCUCGCUGCCCUCGUGGCUGGUAUCGUCUACUGGCUCUACAUGAAGAAAUCAAAGUAAGUUGUGGAAAAAGAAUCUUCAUUGCUCAUUGACUUGCACUGGGAGGAAAUAUAAUGUGUUAAUUGUGCUCAUUCCAGCUGUGCAUGCAAUUACUAUUAUAAGAAGGACAUAUUCCCCAAAGCAGGUUGAUCAUAUUUUGUUUCAGCUCACAUGGACUGCACUGCCAACAUCAGGGACAUGGACUGGCAUGUGAUUUCACAUGUGUCCUCAUAUUUUUCUCAGUCAAUAGUCUGAAUUCAAUUAUUCAAUUUCUUUCAGCACAUGGGUGGAUUUUGAAAGUAUAUACUGUCUAAAGGUCAGGUAUUCAAAAUCUUUUGGUUGAAGUUGGUAAAGAUUAAUUAAAAGCGGCUAGUAUGUUUUGUAGGGACUGCCUUUGCAGUGACAAGUCUGGUCAGCAAUGAAACUGCUAAUAUCAUAUUGUCAUUACUCCCCUAUUCUAGUUAACUGUCUUUGCUACAUAUAAGAAUCUAUUUCAGAGAAAAAUACAUCAUUAUUUUGGCUUGCAUUUUUAAAAGAUGAUUAGGCAAAGUACCAAGAUUACUUGAAAAAUGCUUUAGAUGAUGUUA